AUGAAUUCAUCGACUGACAAUUUAGAACGUUGCGCUCAACGCACUUCAAUUCUGUUAAUUGGAAGCAGUGGAGCUGGGAAAUCUGCCACAAUAAAUCAUUUGCUUGAGACUGGAAAAGGCAAUGUGGUGGCAAAAACAGGUAAAUUUAAACCUGAAACAAAAACAACAUCAGAGAUCUUGGUUACUAUCGAUGACCAUGAUCAUGAAGCCUCCGAUCUUACAUUGGGCGUCAUUGACACCCCUGGUCUUAAUGACCCUCGUGGCUUAAAACAAGACGCCUGUAAUUUAUACUCCACGAAGCAUUUCUUUGAAACCCAUCCUCUAUAUUCCAAGACUAAGUGUUCUCCAAAUCUUAUAUUCUUGCUCGUAAGUGCCAAUGAUCACAGAAUUGAGGGGAACAAUAGUGGUCUUGCAAAAAGUUUGCGUGCUCUUAAGGAGUUGGACAUAGUCGACAAACAUCGUCCAAAUGUUGUAGCAGUUUUGACAUUUUGUUGCUCGGUUCCCCACUUUGAUGUUUCGCAAUGGGAAGCAAUGAUGAAGGAAAAGAAGGUGAUCAUUUCACGCAAUAUUUGUGAAGCUUUAGGAAUUCAAGCACCUGUAGUGCUGCUGGAAAAUGACAAGGAUUCCAAUAACCUGGCAAAUGAUGGUGAUUUCACUCUUCUCCCCAAUAACAUGCGACAACCAGAAAAUUUGCACAAAACUUGCCGAAUGGUACUGGAAAAGAACGGAGAUCAUUAUGGCUUAUCAACGUUCAACGCGUGUUUUGCUAAGCCUAAUGCUGAAAAGCCGCGCGCAGUUCUUCGUCACAAUGUUAAGGCAAAUGAUAUUAGCAAGCACACACUUUCAAAAGAUGAAGAAGAUUUAUUAAAUGUUUUGAGAGGCGGUGCAAAAGGUG